CCAGCACCCUCCCAUUCAGGGACAGCGACCACUGCAUCCUCUCCCUCUCCUGCCCAGAACUUCAGGAGCCUGAUUACCUCCAUCCUCGGCCAAGCCAACGCCUGCUUCUGAAGAACCCCGAGGCUGAGUCUGUACCAGUUACAAGUCGCACCUGAACAGAUCGGCUGGAGGGGGAAUGGAAAAGAGAAAUGAGCGAUCUAGCUGAGGAAUCCAUGAGCGAUCCGACCGGUCACUUGAAGAAGCUGGCGCUGCGAGCUGUCGAUCUCCCGGUGUCUCUGUAUCACUCGCUGCCGGAGGUAAAGCUCUCUCCUCUUGCGAGGAAACUCUUGCUGAUCUCUGUUGUGGGCGCUGCUUCGCUUGCUAUUUUGGCUCACCAGUUAAAACGAAAGCGUGGGAAGAAGAAACAGGAGGAGGAGACAGAGAAAGAACAGUUGCCAUGGGAGCAGGAGCUUUUCAUACCUGAAUUUUCCAGGACAGCAGCGUCAGAGAAAGGUUCGAGUUGUGCCAGUAGUCGACAGAACCUGAGCCUCUCCUUGCAGUCAAAGGGAUCACACUCGCUCAACACGUACGCAUCUGCUGGACUGCUCAGUAAAUACUCUGGCUCAGUGCAGAGCCUGGCCUCAGCUCGGAGUGCAAACUCCUCCCACAGCUGUGUGUGUGCCGCCACUAACCUGUGGGACAAGGUUGCUGAAGACAGUGAAGUUAACCUGGUCAGUGUGCCAGUGACUACCCCUGAAAACCUGUACCUGAUGGGGAUGGAGCUGUUUGAGGAAGCUCUUCAGCGAUGGGAGCAAGCUUUGUCUUUCCGCAGCAGGCAGGUGGAGGAUGAGGCAAACUGCACCGCUGUUAAACUGGGGGCAGGAGAUGCAAUAGCGGAGGAAACAGUAGAGGACAUAAUCAGUGCAGAAUUUAUCCACAAACUGGAGUGUUUACUUCAGAGGGCUUAUCGUCUACAGGAGGAAUUUGAAGCCACUCUGGGUACACCUGACCCAAUUUCUCUAGCGAAUGAUAUUGACAGGGAGACUGACAUCACAGUCAGAGACACUGAAGAGUUCUGCCUGAGAGAUACAACCAGCAUCGCAUCGACAGAUUCCUUUGUGUCGGCGGCUGAGCUCACAGAGCAUCGAGACAACCGAGGCAGCACCUAUGGUCUGGGGUCGUGGUGCCAUCUGCCGCUCUAUGAAGAAGCAAUGCACUUGGCAGAAGACGGAAGAGUAUUUUGCCGGGUGUUAAGGACCGAGUUGCUGGAAUGUGUUGGGGACAUUGAUUUUCUGGCCAAGGUACACUGUGUGCGUCAAGCUUUUCAGGUAAUUCUUUCUGAUGUAACAAAUCGAAAGUUUUUCGCUGAAGUGGGAAGGAAGGUUCUGUCAGCGAUUAUGACAAAAGCACAUAAGAAUCCGAAAAGGUUUGAAGCAGUCUAUGAAGAGAUGAUGUAUUUUCUGCAGCAAGCUGAUCACUGGGAGAUGACCCAGAGAGAGCUAGCAGCUCGAGGGGUUAAACACAUUAAUUUUUAUGAUGUUUUCCUGGACUUCAUACUGAUGGAUUCCUUCGAAGAUCUGGAUAAUCCACCUACUUCAAUACAGAAUGUGGUCAACAAUCGAUGGCUCAACAACUCCUUCAAGGAAACUGCUGUGGCUUCAAGUUGUUGGUCUUUCCUGAAAAGCAAGAGACAGCAGAUAAAGGUGCCCAAUGGCUUCAUUGCUCAUUUCUACGCCGUCUGUGAACACAUCAGUCCGAUACUCGCCUGGGGCUUCUUAGGGCCCAGAGACUCCCUCUACGAUUUGUGCUGCUUCUUCAAGGAACAAGUUCUUUUCUUCAUGAAGGACAUCUUUGACUUUGAGAAGGUGAGGUACACCAGCACCGAGUGUCUUGCUGAGGACAUCUUACACUUGAUACAGCGUCGCACUGAGCUCCUGAUGGCUUAUCUUGGAACAGACAGCCUGAGGCACCUGAAUGGAUGACUCCUGAAUCAGGAUUCAGCACCACCGUUGUGAAUGUUUGAUCUGAAUUUAGAUUAUGGGAGUCACAAGGCUCUGUGCAACCCUCAAGGAUAGAAACUUUACCACCCCAAGCACAUAGCAGCAGAUAUUGGGACAUAGCAUGUAUUGUCGUGUUCACUUGUUAGCCUUCGCACACCAGAGUUUCAAAGUACAAGACAGCGCUGGGACUUGGUUCUACCUCCUGACAGGAACCAGACAGAGCAAAAUUUGUUCUCAUCGUAUGACAGGGGAAGCCUUGAAGAAGCACCUAUCCUGGGGCAGCGAUGACAGAACAUGUUGCACGGUGCCUAUAAUUCAUGAUAGACUCAGGGAGGUUUCCAAAGGAAAGUAUCCAGGAUUUUCAUAAAGUCUCCACAUUGCUGAAUAUGACUACGUACAGACUGGUGUCCAGUUGAAGAUUCCAGUUGCAAUUGUGAAUAUUUGGCAGAGGGAUACUCCAGCAACUGUGUUACCUACAAUAUACUUUGUGAAACCUUGAAUGGUCUGCUUUGUUCUCGUUCCUUUCUGGUUUUGAGCUUGACCAGUAGGAGUACUGUCAGGGUUUCCACCUUUAAUCUGUCUUAACGCCAGACAUAUCCAUCCUGCUCUUAUUAGAAUUGGACAGGGGUCAAACAGAGGGUGGUACAGACCUAGGCCAAGGGGAUGGCAUACAAUCAGGGGGCAGAAACUAUCUUAAGGUUGGAGCAGGAUGUCGGCUAAUAAAGGAACCACACUUGGGAUGGGAUCAGAGCAGGGGUUGACGGAAUAGGGUUGGGGCAGAAAAACUCAGAGAGGAGAUCGGAUAUAGUCGGAGGAAAGGAUAGGAUAGAUCAAGGGAAGGGUGCGGAUCAGGCGAUGGAGGAAUGGGUUUGGGAUUGGCUACUACAUUGAGGCAGAUACCUUAGAUAUGAGGAAAAGAAGGAAUAAUGUCAGCUAAGUGAUGUAGGCUAAUUUUAUUUAUUCAUUCACAGAAUGUGGGUGUUACUGCCCAUGCUAGCAUUCAUUGUCCAUGCCUAAUUGCACAGAGGGUAGUUAAGUAUCAACCACAUUGCUGUGGGUCUGGAGUCACAUGUAGGUCAGACCAGCUUUCCCCAAAAGGGAUGGAGUUUUCCCAAUAAUCAGGAGUAGUUUUGUGGCCAUCAUUAGACUGUUAAUUCCAGAUACUUAUUGAAUUCAAAUCCCAACUUCUGCUGUAGCAGGAUUUGAACCCAGGUCCCUAGAACAUUACCAGGGCCUCUGGAUUAAUGGUCUAGCAAUAAUACUGCUAGGCCAUCACCACCCCUGGUAAUAAUGAGGGCAGGAUGGGGCACAAAAAGGUGAAUGAGAAGGGAUAAUAAUCAGGCACGGAUUUGGCAGUAGUAGGGAUGGAGUUGUAUCUUUAAUUCUGAUGUUUGCUGAUGCCUCCCAGUCAGCAAGGAAAUAAGUGAGUAUGGUGAGGUGUUUUCCUCCUUGCAUACACUAGUCAAUGUAACCUGUGCAAUUCCUGUCUGUGCUCUUUAGCAGUAGGGUUAACCCAUUUAGACUAAGCUUAUAGCAAUGCAUUUACAGGGAAGCUAGAUAAGCACGUGAGAAGGGAAUGGAACGUUGACAGGGGUAGAUGAGGUAAGGUGAGAGGAAACUUGUUUGGAAUGCUAUCAGUAACAAAGACCUGUUGGGCUGAAGGGCCUGUUUCUGCACUGUAUCUUCUCUGAAGUUGGUAAAGUCGCCAUAGUCCCAUUGUCU